AUGCGCUGCCUCAACGUCCAUCCCUUCUCCCCGGCUUCCUCCUUUCCACUCUACACUUGCCUCCCGUCGAGACCCCUCCGCUCACCCACCAGGACCGCGCUGACUGCCUCCUCCUCCUCCUCAGUGCCGCCAUCCCUCCCCCGCGGCAGCACUGCUGGCCGCAGCCGGAGGGCAACGAUGAUGGCCGCCGUGAUCUCGCCGGUGGGCAGCAGCGGCCUGGUCCAGGACCUCGUGUCCUCGGCCGUCACCACAGGCGUCGCCCACGGCCUCUUCCAUUUCUUCCAUGGGCUUGUCGAGCGCGGCUUCUGCGAUCUGAAACUCAAUAGGAAACUUAUGCACAUAACUAUUGGGAUGGUACCCUUGCUCUUUUGGCCCCUUUUCAGCUCAGGAAGGUAUGCUCCUUUCCUUGCUGCACUUCCGUCUGGGAUUAAUAUUAUUAGGACUCUUCUAUUGGGGCUAGGAAUAAGGAAAAAUGAAGCUGUAGUCAAAAUAUUGAGCCGAUCUGGAGACCAGAGGGAAUUCCUCAAGGCACCACUGUACUAUGUUACUGCUAUAGCUUUGGCCACUUCUGUAUUAUGGAGAACAUCUCCGAUUGCUAUAGCACUUAUCUGCAACUUAUGCGCUGGAGAUGGUGUAGCAGACAUAGUGGGGCGCCGUGUAGGGAAAGAAAAGCUUCCAUACAACCCCAACAAGUCAUAUGCUGGAAGCAUAGCAAUGGCUGUGGCUGGUUUCUUGGCUUCAGUUGGGUGCAUGCAUUACUUUCACACUUUUGGUUUCAUUGAGGAAAGUUGGCGCAUGACCUUCGGCUUCCUUGUGGUCUCCGUAGCCACGGCACUUGUAGAGUCACACCCCAUCAGCACUGAAUUGGAUGACAAUUUAACUGUACCUCUCGUAUCAUUUCUGGUUGGUAGCCUCAUUCUAUGA